AUGGGGGACUUCAUGUUGCCGAUGCAGAUCUUGACCUCGGGUCCCCGCCUGGAUCGCAUUCGAGAGGAGACGCUGGCGCGGUACCGAAGGCAGACGGCGGCGUUGGAUGGUCGCCAGGGCGGCGAUGUGGCGAAGCAGGUGAAACUUCAAGAACAGAGCGAGAGGAUGGCGCCGGCCGAGGGAGCGCAAGGGAAGGAGAAGCCCAAGGCGACGACGAAGAAACCGCGGUCGAGCCCCUGCUUCGCGCCGGAGUUCGACGGGAUCAACUUCUUCGAGACCAUCAUCUCCGCCUGA